AAGUUUUGAGAGUGAACUAUUCACAGCCAUUAAGAGAUCUCCAAUUUAAUUUGUCAUCAUGCUUAUUCUGUAGUUCACAGUAAGUCCAGAGUACUGAAGGAACUGAACAAGUGGACUUGUAGACAUCAGAUAGCUGGCCAUGGUGUUGGCCAUGGCGUCCCAGGAUGGUCAGAACUUCUUCCAGCCUCUCUCUUCCUGGAUAUCUCGGGUUUAUGAAGCUCUCCAGCAAGCAGGAGAUAUGUUAUCUGCUUCGCUGGUUAACUUAAACAAGCAAGACUCUAAAUUAAGUGAAAAGCUAGACCAGGACUUAGAUGAUAUUCAGAUUCAGGAAGCUUACUUUGAAGAUGAAGAACAAGGCAAUGAUUGGCGUCAAGAGGAUGAAAAUCCCUUGUUUCUUGAAGUGGAUCAUUUCUCCUGUUGUAAUAGUGAUUUGCAGGACUCUGCUCAAAGUUCAAGCCCCAGACUUAGCCAACCUGAAAAGGACUCCUGUUCCAUAAUGUCCCAGUGGCCCAGUCAGACCCUUGAUGACCAAAAGCCACCAUAUAUGCUCUCUUCUAUUGCUGAGGAACAACGUCACCUUGAAAAGCAAAGAAGUGGUCUUCAGCACAGCUUUGACAGCCAGCUCUCUGGUAUUUUAGAAAAUGUUAAUGGAAAAAUGCAAGUUAACAGCUUUGGAGAUGAUGAAGAGCCAUGCACAUCUUCUGACAGUGACGGGGAGGUGAUCAAACAAUUUGAGAUUUCCAUGUCCCGGUCCCAGAGUUUUCGUUCAGAAGCAUCUAAGAAAGGCACACAGGUGGGAUUGGAGCAGAAAUCAAAAUUCAGCCACCUGCUCUCUACCCAUGAAGAGGAUAACACAGAAGUGUCUGCCUGUGAAGGUUUGGAUGGAGCCAGCCAACCAAACUAUUCUGAGACUCUGUCUUAUGGUGAAGAUGAUCCCAUCUCUGCCCACUCACAGUCCCCAUGUGAGGUGGGAAACACCAGGCACCAGGGUGCAUCUCCCCAAGAGACCAGUGUGCCUCGCAGCCUUAGUCGCCAGUCCACAGAAGGCAGCUUGGAACUGGAGACAGCUUUUAAUAACCGGGGAUUUGAAGACUCCUAUGCUACUGACAGCAGCUCCAUGUGGAGUCCAGAGGAACAGGAUGGGGCCAAUUUUCAGGUGCCGACUGGGGUCCUGGAGCCCAUCUCAAAAUGUGGUGACUUGGAUGUCAUCUUUGAAUAUAAAGGUUCCAGCCAGAAGCUCACAGUGACCAUUGCGAGAGCGCAGGGCCUCCCAGAUAAGGACCGAAGUGGUGUCAACUCCUGGCAAGUUCACGUAGUUCUGCUGCCCAGUAAGAAACAGAGGGGAAGGACAAGCAUACAGAGAGGCCCCAACCCUGUUUUUAAGGAGAAGGUCACCUUCACCAAGCUGGAGCCCAGAGAUGUGGCUGCCUGUGCUAUCCGCUUCCGCCUGUAUGCUGCCCGCAAGAUGACCCGUGAGAGAAUGAUGGGAGAGAAGCUGUUCCAUCUCAGCCACCUGAACCCAGAAGGGGAAAUGAAAGUGACUCUGGUUCUGGAGCCAAGAAGCAAUAUCAGUAGUGGAGAGUCUCCGCUCAGCCCAUCUGCAGUUUCUCACAGUGAUAGUGCUUCAUCCACGCAGUCGCUGUCUCAUGGAGGGGCGCCAGAGCUGUUGGUGGGGCUGUCCUACAAUGCCACAACGGGGCGAUUAUCUGUGCAAAUGAUCAAAGGCAGCCAUUUCCGAAACCUCGCUGUUAAUAGAGCGCCUGAUACAUACGGGAAGCUCUUUCUUCUCAAUUCUGUGGGUCAAGAGAUGUCCCGCUGUAAGACAUCCAUUCGACGUGGUCAGCCCAAUCCUGUCUAUAAGGAGACCUUUGUUUUCCAGGUGGCCCUCUUUCAGCUCUCUGAUGUCACGUUGAUGAUUUCCAUUUAUAACAGGCGCACUAUGAAGCGUAAAGAGAUGGUCGGUUGGAUUGCUCUGGGCCAAAAUAGUAGUGGAGAAGAGGAACAAGACCAUUGGGAGGAAAUGAAGGAAACAAAAGGUCAGCAGAUCUGCAGAUGGCACACCUUGCUCGAAUCCUAGUUCUGCCAACAGGCAUUUGUGUGCUACGUAUGGCCCGGUGACCCGCCUUUUAGCCACUCAUACCAACUCCUCAUAUGCUGGUGGGCUUUUUAAAGACAGGCUUACAAAUAGGGAUUAGGGUCUUCUAACCUCUGGGACAUUCUGGGCAGGGUCUUUGGGUCUCUCGAAGGUUUGAUUUGAAUUUAAAUAUUGUAAUUUAAAAAAAACCCCACAUACACAUGGUCAAGUGUACUUGAUGGAAAAUUAACCAUAGUUGAGAACAGUGAUGAGUCAAUUUGUGUUCGUACGUUAGUGUAUCUGGGUUCAGCCUAUGGAAUAAAGCUUUUCUUGCUGUCUCUGUUUGCUUGAAGAAUAACCUGAGAUUUCAGGGGAGCUGUUAAAUCUUACUAUUUGUACCCAGGUAUGUGUAUGAACCAGAAUUUUGUUAAUAUGGUGCCAAAACCCCCCAAAUACAGAAACGAAUCAGAUGCUGAGGCUCAUAAAAGAAUGUAACUGUCAUCUAUCAUUCCCUAUUUCACAUUUUUGUCUUUAUGAAAACACACCUCAUUUAUUUACCUAAUAAAUGUUAUAAACGUGUACUUAUACAACACAUUUCUAUUCAUUAUAUAUAUACCUUUCUUUAUCUCACUUAUACAUUGUGGUUUCCUGUGAGAUUUUGUUAAAUGAAUCAUUUUGAAGGUUAAAAAAAGAGUUUAAAAACAUUGUUGAAAGACAACUUGUCUCCUUUUCAUUUGUAAGAUUUCCAACUUGUAAUUUUCAAGGUUUUUCUGCCAUUUUUCUUACCUAAUAUAUUCUUACAGAAUGAGAAGAAAACCAAAAGUACCUAUUGAAGUCAUGGAUUUUCUGAUUUUCUGAAUUGGGCGUUUUCCUUUAGAUUACACUUUUUCUAUAUUCAGUGGCAUAUACCCAUACAUAUAUUUUGAACAUACACCUGCAUGUAAACCAUAUUCUUUUUCAUGCACUAUUUUCCAUGAUUAGAGCAUAGUAAAUGGUACACAGUGGGUCUUUAAUAAAUGUUGAUUUGAUUGACUCUUAGAUGUGAACAUGUUAUGACACCUGUGAAUGAAGAAAUAUUUGCAGCUUGUAUGAAAUGACACUGAGUUCUUUUUCUGAGCAUUUGAAGUGCCUAUAAUUGUCAUUUCUCACGGCAUUUGCGGUAGCAUAUAUUAGUCACUCCUUGCAUUCCGGGCAUGUGCCAUUCGGAACGCUGAUCUUGUGUGGUUAUGAGCAUGAAAUUUUAUUUCCCACUUUGACAUAUUUGUGCAGUGCAUGUUUCUUUUUCUUUUGCUUAUGUCUGCAUCCUUAACUUCAGUUACCUUAAAUUGCCAGUAAUAAAGAAAGGGAAGGAAUGUGUGUCCGUGUAGAGCCGGUGCCUGUCGCACGGCUCUUCUGAGCAAUUGCUCAGUUGCUUAUUUUUAGCUUUUAUGUUUCAUUGUUGACUUUUUGCUGUCUGUGAGGAGAGUGAUAGCUAGUGAUGGAUGUAUACAGUGAAAAACACAGAACUCCUCCUCAGCUCCACAUUUUGACAGAUUGUAAACGUAGGCUGUAACACUUGAAGAACAUAUUUAUCCCUCGCAGUGCAGUGUGGAAUGGUUAUCCUGACAAGAACAGACUAGGGCACUGGCUAAUUCUACUGUGAUUUCACAUACCAACUUGCGAAAGAAGUGAUUUCCUAUGGAAGAAUAAGAAUUAGUAAAAUAAAUUAAUACCUUAAUUUCUUUUUAGGUCACGGGAGUUCCAUCCACAAUACUGCUUCGUUAUUGGGAAUAAGUAAUAAAACCAUGCUCCUUUGGGUUUUUACCCUACCUUUCUUUGGAAGACCUCAAAGUGCUUUUCCAACAUUAUAUCCAUUAACUGCUGAGUGGUCUUUGCAGUGUGGCUGUGUCAUCGAGUAGAACUGAGUGCAAUUGAUUAAGUAGCGGCACAAAGAAUUGGCUUUUCACAACCCUUACUCUCUUCAUGCGCUUGUGUUUAAAAGGGAAGUAAAGCAGCCUUGUUAUGCUUUCCUUUAUGCAGAAACAUAAAAGCAGCAUUCACUUUAAAAUUUACAUUUGAAAAAAACCUGCAUAUAUUGUACUGACAGUCCU